CAGGGCUGUUGGUUUUUCAAUUUGUGGUUUCCUAUCAGAAAAUAGAAAAAGAGAGAAGAAAGAGUUAGCAGUUAGCCUUCAAGGCCAGCCUGAGCUAUAUAUAUGGGGACAUUAUUCUCAAAAAAGAGGAGGAGAUCUCCAAAAGGGGGGGGAUACAAAGAAAAGUUUCCAGCACCUCCUCUUUGAGGAUCAGGUUGGAGUUCUGCCUCAGUUUCCCCACUAUGCCUGGCAAACAGCAACCACUGUACUCCACGAGACAGAACCACGAGAGAGACUUCCUUUUUCCGGGAGCUGUGACAAACCCCCGCUACCCCCUCCCCCGCAGUCAAGACCAAAAAGGGGAAGUGAGGCCUGGGGGAGGCACCCAUGGGUGGGGAGGGCUCACUCCCACCCCCUCCGGACCUGAGGAAGUCCUGCAUGCACCCAUCACUUGCAGGGUUCAUGGUGAUUGGGCCUGCUCAUCAACUUCUGGAGAAUUCUCAAGUGUCAAAUAGGCGGGGACGUGGCCCUGUAGGAAGGGGAGGGCCACCUCAGAAUGGAAGAUGCCCUAAAAUGAACUCAGGGUUCCCUCCUAACCCUGGCAAAGGUUUAUCUGGUGGCUUAGGGGUCUAAAGAAGCUGCGGGUUCAGGACUUCAGUUAAAAUCUCCACACAGCGCCCAGCCUCGGUUUGCCCCUCUGCCAGAGGGUGAUGCUGCAGCCGGAUUGGAUUUGUCAAUGAACCUGGAGGCCUGGAGCCACCUCGCCUCUCCUGGGUUCACCUCUCCCUGGCUUUGGCACCACCGCUGUCAGUGCUCCCCCCGCCCCAGCCCCCAAACCAUUGCUUCAGUUUGGAAAUUCCUGGGCUGCAGCAGCCAGAGAGGCAGGACCACCCCUGGCACCCUCUCCAUCAGGAAAUGCCUAAGUCCUGGUUCCGGAGGGAAGGCGUGAGCUUUCCGGGAAACCAGAGGCACCAGCACCGCCCCUCGCUCUGGGGGCCGGCGAGUAUAAAGAACCGUGCAGGCUCUCCGUGCGGAGUCCCCACCCAGCACUUCUGCCCAGCAGUGCUGCCACCUGCACGCUGCCUUGGACUUGCUAUGGCUCCUACUCGCACCAGGUCCCUGCUGCCUCUGCUACUGGCCUUGGCCACCGUUCUGAUGUCAGGGCCUGGUGAUGCUCAAAUAUCCAUCUUCCCCAAAGAAGCCUUCCUACAACGAGGGACGUCCUUGCAGGUGAACUGCUCCACCUCCUGUAACCAGACCUUCACCCUGGGCUUAGAGACCAAGCUUCCCAAAACAGAACUGGCCAGUGGGCACAACUGGAAGCUGUUUGAACUGACUGACAUCGAGGAAGACAGCCGUCCACUGUGCUUUGAGAACUGCGGCACCAUCCAGGCCUCAGCCUCCGCAUACGUCACUGUGUACUCCUUUCCAGAAAGUGUGGAGCUGGACCCUCUGCCCAGCUGGCAGCCAGUAGGCAAAAACCUCACUCUGCGGUGCCAGGUGCAUGGUGGAGUUCCCCGGGCCCAGCUCACUGCAGUGCUGCUCCGUGGGGAGGUGGAGCUGAGCCGGCAGCCUGUGACAGGUAACCCCAGAGACCUCACUGAGAUCACAGUCACCGUGCUGGCCAGCAGAGACGACCACCAAGCCAAUUUCUCCUGCCGCACAGAGCUCGAUCUCAGGAGACAAGGAGUGGCCCUGUUUCAGAAUAUCUCAGAGUCCAGGCAACUCCAAACUUUUGAGCUGCCUGUGACCCUACCGAAGCUGGACACCCCAGUUAUCCUGGAGGUGGGCACUCAGCACCUGGUGCUCUGCUCCCUGCAAGGCCUGUUUCCAGCCUCUGAAGCUCAGGUCCACCUGGAGGUGGGGGGACAAAGACUGAACCCCACCACCACAGGCAGCAGGGACUUGGUGUCUGCCACAGCCCCACUAGAGGUGACUGCAGAGCUGGAGGGCACUCAGCAGCUGCGGUGUGUGGUGGAGCUGGCAGAACAGACCCUGGAGGCCCAGGAAACCCUGAGCAUCUACAGCUUCCCAGCUCCCACCCUAACCCUGAGUGAGCCUGAGGUCUCAGAAGGAGGCCCAGUCACUGUGAAGUGUGAAGCCCACGGAAGAUCCCUGGUGGUGAUGUUGACCAGUGCUCCGGCCGGGCCACGGUCCCGGGAGAUCCAGCUCACGCUGAAUGCCAGCUCCAGGCUACCGUCCCCGGAGAUUCAGUUCACACUGAAUGCCAGCGCGGAGGAUCACAAGAGACGCUUUUUUUGCUCAGCUGCCCUGAAGGUGGCUGGGCAGGUGCUGUACAAGAACCUGACCAUGGAGCUCCAUGUGCUGUAUGGCCCCCGACUGGACGAGAGCGACUGCUUGGGAAACUGGACAUGGCCAGAAAGGUCCCAGCAGACUCUGAAAUGCCAGGCCUGGGGGAACCCAUUCCCCAAGCUCACCUGUAUCCGGGAGACAGAUGGCGCCUUGCUACCCAUAGGGCUGGUGAAGACUGUCAAACGGGAGAUGAACGGUACCUACAUGUGUCACGCCGUGAACUCCCAAGGGAACGUCACCAGGGCUGUGUUCCUGACUGUGCUCUACCACCACCAGAAUAACUUGGUCAUCAUCAUUUUAGUGACGUUGGCAGCCAUCCUGGUCCCCAUGGCCACUGCCAUUUAUCUUUAUAAUCGACAGCGAAAGAUCAAGAUAUACAAGUUGCAGAAGGCUCAAGAGGAGACGGCCAUGAAACUCAAGACACAAGCCACGCCCCCCUGAGCCGGUCCCAGGACAGCACCCCUCCCCGUGCUCAGCUGGUCGGUGCUGUGUUUGAACACAGAAAAAUGGUGGACAGGGUUACCAUUUAUCCACACCCACCUCCUCAGUUUGUGACAGAGGACAGAUGGUGGCCUCAGGAUACAGAUUGGCAUUUCAGGCCAUGUCAUCUAUACACAUCCGACAUCCCCCUCAGCUUCACACCUGGAGCCUCAGGACUGAGGGAGACUUGGGAAUGGACUAUAAGGAGGAUCACUGAAGUCUGGCCUGGGCAGAUAGGGAUGGUGGAGGCUUACCCACAGCCUGUGGACCUUCAGCCAGUGACUACUGAUGUCACUCCUAAUAAGAUCAUGUGCUGAGGCCCUAAGGAAAAAAACCAUCUCCAACAGACACAUGCAGGCAUGGAGACACAGCCCACAUGCCUGCUGACAAACACCAGCUCAGGCACUAGUGUCCACUGACUGUCCCAACUCUUCAUGAGAUGUAUUUAUUAAUUUGUAGUUUUAUCUGGUAUUUAUUGAGUACCCUGCACUGAUGCUAGAACAGUGAAUAAGAUGGACAUAUAGGUUCCUGUCUGGGUACCAUUGUAGCUGCUAUGCACUGUACAACAGAGCCUGGUGAAGUGGUCAAGUGGGGUAGGGUUUCUCCAUUGGUUAAGUUGCUUUUCCUGACAUGGGGUGAUUUUUUUUGAGACAGGGUUUCACUAAGCAGUCCUGGCUGUCCUGAAACUCACUAUGUAGACCAGGCUGGGCUCAAACUCACAGAGAUCUACCUGCUUCAGCCUUCUGAGUUCUGGGAUUAAAGGUGUACACCACCAUGCAUGUGGGUGGGGAAGUAGUAGUUAGUGGUGCCCAUGCUGGGGACGAGGAGCACAGGGGACUCAGAGGGAUCACCGAGAGUACAUACAUGACCACUGAUAUUCCACAAAGUGUCUUUGUGACUCACAAAAAAAAAAAAAAAAAAAAAAAAAAAAAAAAAAAAAAAAAAAAAAAAGCACUCCUUGCUGGGCAUGGUGAGGAAGUUCAGGAAGAAACUGCUUCAACCACUUGAGCCCCCAUGAGCUGUGUUGCAGCAAGCACCCCCCUCCCAGCUCUGAAGCCUUUUCUCUGAGUCAAUAAAGAAUUACAUUGGCCUCA